AUGGCAACAACGCUGACGGCUUUGCUGCUCAGGAGAGGAAAGAAGACCAUCAUAAAAAGCGAGUUUCGAUGUUGUCUCUCUCGGUCGUUCGCCUCUUCUUCUUCCAAUACGAAUGCUCGACAUCUGUAUCAGAAGAAAGAGCGACGGUAUGCGAAUAACAACAACAACAACAACAAAGAUUUCCCGAGGGUACAGUUUACCCCUCGACCAUCAAAGUCUUCUUUAACGGAGGAAAGAGAGAGAGAACUUCUCCUGGAAGAAGAGAGGAAGAAAAAAGAUCGACGAACGAGAGAGGAGAUCAUCAGGGACGACGUGCAACGGACGACGAAACGAGCGCACGCGGCGGUGAGAGCGGCGAAUUGGAAUCGAGUUUUAGGAGGAGGAGGAGAAGCAAAAGAAGAGGAAAAAGAACGAGGAGGAGAAAUAGGAGGAGCGGAGGAAUCGGUGCCGAUCGAACGGCAAAAAUCGAUACGGGUGGGCAUUUUAGGCGUCCCGAACGCCGGGAAGUCGGAGUUGGUGAACGCGUUAGUCGGGGCGAAAGUUUCCGCGGUGUCUCGAAAGACGAACACGACGAGGAUGGAAACGAUCGGGACGACGACGAGAGAUGACACGCAGGUGGUGUUUCUCGAUUUACCCGGGAUUGUUGGGCCGGAACAUUACAGAAACAGAGCGCACGAGAGUAAAGUGACUUCAGGGUGGGCGGCGGCGAGCACUUGCGAUGCGAUUCUGUUCGUCGUGGACGCGAACAGGCAGGCGAAGAAAGCGGAUUGGCGAGUGAGAGAGACGAUCGACGCCAUGACGGAGCAGAUGAGAAAGCUACGGUACGAGGAGUUUCUUUUCCCGGAGGAAGACGAAGAUGAAGAAAAAGACGAGGAGAAUGAAAAGGACGAUGUCGUGACGAACAAAGCAGCCCCGCCGCCGGGAAUAUUAGUCCUGAACAAAGUCGAUUUGAUGGAUCGAAGCAAGCGCUCGGAACAACUCCCCGAGCUCAUCCAAUCGCUCGCGACCGACCCGAAGAAGACCUUCUCUAAAGCCUUCCCAGUCUCCGCGCUACACUCCGUAGGUACCGAGACUUUAUUCAACCACCUCAUCUCUCUCGCCAAACCUCGACCUUGGGACUACUCCCCUUCCGAAUCUACCGCAAUGAACGAUCGAAGUCGAGCGAUUGAAGUCGUUCGAGAAUCCGUCUACGACCAAGUGCACAAAGAAAUUUGCUACGGCAUCGAAAUCGUCCAUAAAUCCUGGGAAGACUUUCGAGACGGUUCCGUUCGAAUCGAACACGAUUUAUUUGUAAAAUCUGGAGGAAAUCGUAAAAUAGUCGUCGGCAAAGAUGGACGAACGAUUGGUCAAAUCGGCGUCAAAGCGAGACACGUUUUGGAGGCGCUUUUAGGGAGGCGCGUACACUUGCUUCUGAACGUCAGAGUGAAAAGAACGAACGCGAGAUAUUCGCAACAGUUUUUGUCCGCAUUGUAUUAA